UAUCGGCGCAAAUAUCUACCUUUUCACGCACAAAAAACACACAACUCGCACUCAGAUAGCAACCGAGCUGAAAAACAUGUCGUGUUUGCACGAUCACAGCUGCGAAGAGCACGAUUGCUCAACCGAUUGGUCUCUCUACAAACACAUCGAUCUAUCCAAGGUUUCUGCGCUGAAUGAGGCUGUUUCUGGAAGUGUGAAGUCGGUGUUCAAAGAUUGGGAGCAGCGCUGAACUCUUCAGAGAGGUACUCCCUAUAAUCUGUUGAGUUUUGGUUACCGAUAGGUUUUCCAUAAAUUGAUGCUUUGAGUUAUUGUUUCAGUGGUGAAGUCUGAAUGCUAUAUAUUUGUCAUGUUUUUCCUUCCCCGCUCCACUGGAUUAGUACGUCGUAUUGGAUUAAAAAGUUUUUAGUUGCUAGAUUUGCUUUGUUUCUUAUCUUCAAUAGAUGUUGCCUUUUAGUAUUAAGUCAUGUAUAUGGUAGCAUGAGGUAUGGUGGAGGGGACAUUUAUAUGUCUUCUUUUCUCUUAUUGAUUGUGUGUGUCGUGUUUGUUAGCUAUAAAUUACUUCGGCGAUUUUGUUUUGAAUGCCACAGGGUUACUUGGAAAAGCAACGAAGAUGAUCCUGAGUUGAUAGUCUUUAUUCUAUUCACAUCAGAUGUUAAGCUAGAGAGCAUUUCAAUCGUUGGUGGUGCUGAUGGGACGAGUCCUGCGAAGAUGAGAGCAUUCAUCAACCGAGAGGGUAUUGACUAUUCAGAUGCUCAGAAUAUGCAAGCCGUGCAGGAGUGGGAUUUGGCGGAAAAUUUACAAGGAGUUUUGGAGUACCAGACAAGGUAUUCGAGAUUUCAGAGUGUUGGGAACCUCACGUUGCAUUUCCCAGUUAAUUUUGGUGGCGAUGCAAGUACAACUCAAAUACAUUACAUUGGGUUGAAAGGAGAAGCUACUCAGCUGAAAAGAGAUGUCGUUGCGACAAUAGUCUAUGAGAUCACACCAAAUCCUUCAGACCACAAAACACGAGCUGAGACUGGUGGCUGCCUUUCACACGUGGAGUGAGCUCCCCUCGUUGGCAUGACUAAAACUUCUGAUAUCAAUGGCUUUUGGUGUAUGAAUCUCAAUCUUCAUGAGAUAUAAGAUCAAUCUAACUCGAAAGUGACUAGUUUGUUUCACCGAGAAGUUCAAUAGUUGCACCUUUUUCUCCAAUAGAAAUGCUGCAUUCCUUGAAAGUUUUGAGAGGUUGUGAACCUCCCCACGCAUCUCUCUCGAUACUGAACUUUCUGAAUGUCUAAAACAGUUUAGGUUCAUUUUCUCUUUUGCAGCGAUGGGAAUGUGUUGAUUUUUUUCAAUGUCAAAGUACGUCGUCUUAUAAGUCGAGUCUGGUUGAUUAUCUUU